AGCUGACGCCUCCGGGGCUGCAGCCGAGCCGCCGGGAUGCUCAGGGUUCCGGAGCCGCGGCCCAGGGAGGCGGGGGCGGCCAGCCGGUCCAAGCCGCUCACCUCCUUCUUCAUCCAGGACAUCCUGCGGGACGGCGCGGAGCGGCGCGGCGGCCACCCCGGCAGACCGCAGCCCCCGUGCCCUCCGGACCCGCGGCGGGACGGGCGCCGCUCCGGCUGCGGGAUGCGAGGCCCCACGGCGACAGGCCAAGCAACCCCACCGCCUCCUGCCGCGGGCGCGUCUCGGAAAUUAACGCCGAGCCCGGCCGUCCCGGGGGGCGCAGGGUUUAUGCACGGGCUGGACUCGCCGGGCACGGUGCCCUCCGCUCGCGGGCUCUGGAGCCCCGAGGCUCCACUGCGAGCGCGCACACGCGCCCCCAGCCCGAGUCCCGGGCGAAAACCCCGCCACCGCGCGCCCCUCGAUCGGCGCCCGCCUCGCGCUACCUUUGGCAAUGGACACUUGGAGUCUUAUCUGUUGGACUAUGAAAACAGUGCCAGCGCCUUACCGAGCCUUCCCCAAGCCCCAAAGCAGCCACAGAAGCGAUCUCGAGCUGCUUUCUCCCACACUCAGGUCAUUGAGUUAGAGAGGAAGUUCAGCCACCAGAAGUAUCUGUCGGCUCCUGAGAGGGCUCACCUGGCCAAGAACCUCAAGCUCACCGAGACCCAAGUGAAAAUAUGGUUCCAGAACAGACGCUAUAAGACCAAGCGAAAGCAGCUCACCUCGGACCUGGGAGGCCUGGAGAAGCACUCCUCCCUGCCGGCUCUGAAAGAGGAGGGCUUAUCCCAGGCCUCCCUCAUCUCCAUGUGUAACAGCUACCCUUACUACCCCUACCUGUACUGCUUGGGAGGCUGGAACCCGGCUUUCUGGUAAUGCCAGCGCAUAUGACAAUCACGAAUGAUCAAAAAAAACAAAAAACAAAAAACAAACCAAAACUGCCUUCCCCAGCUUGUUUCUCUGGAUGGCAAAAGGGACAGGCUCAGGGAGGACAGAGGAGCGAGAUUGCCGGAGAUUUGCAUGGACAUCCUAGAUUCUGCACUGGUGGGCUAGUGAAAGACCUGGGACACUGAUUAAUAUCCAAAUAGCUCCCCAACACAUAAAAUGGGACAUUUUUGCUCCUAACGACCUAUGUGAAGUGGGGAGGGAUAAAGCCUAGUGCUGUCUCUAGCACUUUCUGACUCAGUCUGAGCAGUCCCCAUCACUUCUGAGGAUGUCAGUUCACCUCCAUCCUCUUGUAUAACUCGGCGUCAGCCUCGAGGGAUGCAAACCCGGAGGGAAAAAGGAUGGUCAAGAGGAAGGUGUCACCUCCUGAAUCCUGAAUUACACUUAAGUCCAAACACCUCUCGCUGGCCCUGGUUCACGACGAAGUUGUCUCCCUGUCCCUGUAAGAGAAUGGAAAACAGAGGUUGUCACAGAGAAAUUGGUCAUGCUCAGCACAGAAGGGCAUGGGAUAUGGCGAUGGGUAGGAGGAGAUGAAAAUAUAAGCUUCUUAUUAUUCCUUUUUAAGUAGCACGCCAACCUAAGUCUUCACAGGGUGGCCCAAGUCGAACAGGAAGCACUCACCGUGGGUUUAGGACAAGCUGUAUAAACAGAACUGUGCUGCAAGGGAUGGGCCCGGGCCAGAAGAAUCUCCCCGUGGCGGAGACAGCAGCCUGAGGGGGGCUCUCCACUCAGCUACUGGGCAGUGUUACAGUUUUAUCAAUAAAGGUUAAAUAAAAGCUUCCUCUGGACCUUUUUGCCCUGGG